AUGAGACCCAUCGAGAAAUUCAGCAGACUGAAAGUGCAUUCAACGGAGGACGCAGCUGGUGCGAUAUCGUACUUGGAUCUGACAGAUAACAAUUAUAACAAAGCAAUAGAUAUUUUAACUGGAAAGUACAACAAUCCGAGAUCGGUAAAAGCAGACCAUUACAUUACCAUAACAGAACUUCCAAGAGUAGAACAUCAAGAGGACUUUAAAGGACUACGGAAACUAAAUGACAAGGCAAUGGGCCAUGCUUUGAACUUCGGCAGUUUAGACCAACAAACAGCUCAGAAUGAAGCAAUUAUGGAGAUCUUGACAAGCAAACUGCUAAUUGAACUAAAAACCCGAUGGCAUGGAAAAACCAGGCAGUUCCACAAGACAUUAACAGAUUUCUUUACCUUCAUCGACUCAAUAGCUGGAGAUUGGGAGUAUGCUUACUCAACCGAGAAGCAAGAAAAGAAGAAAACAAGACCAGAAGCAAGCGAAAAGACGCAAAGAGUUACAUUUGCCACCACACCUACGGCAGCUGAACUAGCAGUCACAGGCACUGCUACAGAAUAUCCUAGAGACAGGAAACAGUAUGCUGCGGUCAAAAGAAGAUGUUUAUUCUGCAAUGAUAAAAAUUCCACGGCAAAAUGUGAUAUCACUCUAGAGAAGAAACUGGAGCUAAUCAAGAAAGAAAAAAGGUGUUUGAAGUGCCUGGGACAAAAUCAUCAGGUGAGAGAGUGUUGGAGUACAAGAAAGUGCUACAAGUGCGGACAGGGUCACCACACGUCUAUCUGCAACAAAGCAGUAAAGCCGAAAUCGGUGAUAGCAACUGUGGCAGCGUCUCCAAUGUUAAAAGUAGCAGAUGACGCUCCUCUCUCAAUCGAAGCACGCCUAUUUGGUGGCGUAUCCGUCCAGACGGCAACGGUGGUAGUGGAGGGUCCAAACGGGUGGCAUAAAGCUAUCGUCUAUAUCGAUCAAGGAUCAAAUGCAACCCUUGUUAGGAGUGAAUUAGCACAGACUUUAGGGCUACAAGAAGUCGGAAAAAUCAAUCUGAAACUGCAGGCAGUGUGA